AUUCACCGCAAGCGAUCGGCAUCCCGGCUCGACAACAAUGCCUCGUGGCAUCUGGAAUCUCGAGCGCAUGGUGCUCCUCUUCCUCUGCAUCUUGGUUCUCGGGGACCUCGUCUGCAUAUCUGCCCAAAGAAGUACUGCGGGAAAGACGGAGCGGCGCAACUACACGGGCAAAAAACCCGUGGUCAUCCAACAUCGUUCCCAGGAUGCGGUCAACUACUAUGAUCACGAGAAUGGCGCCAAGAUCAUAAAGUCCUCGCACUUCGAGUUGGAUUACACCCUGGGGCGCAAGAUCACCUUCUUCUGUAUGGCUCAAGGCAACCCAAGACCAACUAUCACCUGGUUCAAGGAUGGGGCGGAGCUCUACCAGCACCGAUUCUUUCAGGUACACGAAUCUCAUAUAGAGACGAACAUCGUGAAGUCUAAGAUGGAAAUCGAUCCCACCACCCAAAUGGAUGCUGGAUUCUACGAAUGUCAAGCGGACAAUAUCUACGCCAUCGAUCGUCGCGGCUUUCGCACGGACUACGUCAUGGUUAACUUUUGAGCAAAGCUUACAAUUACCAUUUUAAAUACACAACUACACUCUUUGACCCUGUAAAGCUGAAAUGCAACUGUUGAAUACUUCAAAGCAUACAACUAAAUAAAAAAUAUUUAAAAAUA